AUGCUGAAGUGGUUCUCCAAUGAGGAGGGAGAGUCUGGCUCAGGAGUGCCAGGCUCUCCUCAAGGAGGAAGCAGACGUGGAGGGGUUGAAGAUGUCGAAAUGGCUGACAGACUAGUCCAAACGGAACAGCUUGUCACUCAGCUCAAAGAGCUUAUUCGGGAGAAGGAUGCAACACUUAGCAUGAAGAAUGAAGAGCUCAAGAUGGAGAAGGAGGCCUGCGAGUCAAAAUUAUCAAAGCUGCGUCUUCAAAACAAGGCCAAGGUGACCUCACUUACCACACAACUGGAAGAACUGAAGAAGCAGACAAGUGGUCAGGACACACCUACACACAGCAGAAAGGGUCCUUCAGAAGGAGGAGAGCAAGCCACUCGAGGCAAAAUUGUCUUGCUGAAGAAGAAAAUCGAGGAGCUGGAGCAGCACCUGGCAAAGAGUGAGAAAGAUAUCGAAAACAAGAGGACAGAGGUAGAAGCAUUGCGACUCCGAGGGGAAGAAAUGGAUGUUAUGCUGACAGAGAAGGACAGAAAGCUUGCAGAGAAAGAGGGUUACAUUAUUCACUUGCAAACAGCAUUGGUAGGGGAUCAGUCCAUCACAUCAACACAGCAAAAGGGACACCAAGACCAUGGUGCGAUGCAGGAGCUUCAGCAGCUAGUGCAAAGCCUGACCAAGAAGGUUGGAGAAGAAGAAGAACGUUAUAGUUUGCUCCAGGAGCAGACGGACAGCCUGAAGGAACUUCUGGACACAGAAAAGGACCAGUACAGUCAGAAAGAGAGCAUGUACAAACAGAAUAUCCAGACGUUCAAAGAGAUAAUUCUCCAGAAAGACAGUCAGCUGACAGAAAUCAACCAAAGGCAUGAACAGGAGCUCUUCAAACUAGCUGCAAAGUCUGAUGCCAGUGCUGAUCUUGAGCAGCUUUUGAAAGCCUUAAAACAGAAACUCCAUGAAAAGGAGGAGGUGCUCCUUGGUAAAACGCAGGUCAUUGAUGUCCUUCAGAAAGAGGUGGAUGGCAGGGACCAACAAAUAAAGGAGCUAACAGAGCGGAUGCGGAGACUACACAUUGAACGAGAGAGUAUUGAAUCCAAAAUGGAGGCAGAAAAACAUGUGAUGCGAGCCCAACUCCGUGACCUCAUGGAGAAGCAGCAAGUAGAGGUUCAACGAAUGUCAGAGAAGCACCAGGCACAGUUGACUCUAACCCAACAGGAUCUCUUGGCCCAGCUAGAUGAGCUGAGAAGGAAUUCAGUUGCACCACAAUCCGUCAGUCAAGAGCCCUUAAAACCUGAAAAUGCAUCUGGUUAUUCGGCCUCUCUCCAGAGGAUAGUGGAAUUAGAAGCCCAAGCAAAGCAGAAAAUUGAUGAAGCCAGCAGAUCGGAGGCCAAAUUUCUGAAAAUGAAAGCCUGGUCCAAAUCUCGAAUAAGGCAACUGGAGGACGAGCUGAAAAGAAGCCAGGCUGGCAUUGUUGCUCCUGAUAUGAUUGCCCUGCGAAGUCGGAUUACGGAACUGGAGGUGGAACUAGAGGAACACCUUUGGAAAGUGGAGCAGUAUGAUGAACUCAAAGCGAACAAUGACAUGUUAGAGGCUAAACUGGUGGUAUAUGAGGAGCAACAAAGGACACUGCAAGCAGACUUGGAACAAUUUACAAAGAGAGCAGCCUCCCAGGCAAGUGAGACCGGCAGUGCGGAUGAUCCUAAUAACCAGGUUUUGGAGUGGCAGGAGAUGGUAGAUGAGGCAGUCAGUGCAAGAGAUCAGGCCAGGGAAGAGAAAGCUGCCAUGGCACUUCGCAUUAGCCACAUGGAGGAAGAAAGAGAGGGACUGAUUGAGGAUGACUGGUUCUUUCCUGGCUGCUCCGAUCCAGCACUGGCCACUCGGCAGCAGGAGUUGGAGGAGGAGCUGGCUCAAGCUCAGGGGCUUCGCCAACACAGGGCCAAGAAGCAGGGUGUCACAGUCCAAAGAAGCCUACAGGAGGAUUUUGAAUUUGAUGGAAAAGCCCCAUUCCAGGACUACCAAAGCACCUCGGAGAGCACAACUCCAAUGGAAGGGGAAAACAUGGGAGGUUGGUGGCCUGAGUACAGUACUCCUGGCACAGACGGUUUACGAACUGUCGUCGAGGAGCUGGAGCUGGAAAGAAAUCAAUUACAAGAGCAGAUACUGAGCCUAGAAGAGCGUUGUGGAGAUCUAGAAGAUCGUCUACAGCUGCAAGCACGUAUUGAGACCUUACAGGUGACGUUUGAUGUAGAUGAAGAUGAGCAGCCACAAAGGGUCUCUCAGAAUGAGUCAGAUAAAUUACAGACUCAGCUUGCCAGCGUGCGUAGUCAGCAGAGCAGGGAAACAGAAAAACAUCAGCUGCUGGUUAGCAGUCUCAAUGAACAACUUAAAGGUCUCAGUGACACCCAAGAAUGCCUGGAAAGCUCACUCAUUGAGAAGGAGAACACCUUAGCCAAGACCUCAGAAAAACUUGAACUCAUCAACGGCCUCAAAGAAUCCCUGAGCGAAAAAGAGAUUCAGGUCAAAGAGAUGUCUGAUAAACUCCUUCAGACUGAGCAAGCUCUUGAGAAUGUUUCCAAGAAAAGCAAAGCCUCGGAGAAACACAUCUCUGAGUUAAAGGCAGAAGUCUUAGACCUCACACAGAAGCUGAGUGGGCUGAGAGACAAGACUCAGAAGCAAGACGACCUCAUAGGCACAUUACAAAAUGAACUUGACCAAACAAAUGAGGAAUUAGACAAAUUAAACAUAUCCCACUUGGAAGAAAGAGCCCAACUCAUUCAUGAUCUUCAAAGUUGCGAACGAGAAAUUGAUAACCUAAAAGAUAUUUUGUCGGAAAAAGACAAAGCACUCAAUGCCAACAUGUUGGAGUACACAGAACAGGUCACAGUUCUCAAACAAGAGCUUCGAAUUAAGGAAGAAAACCUGAUUCAAGUCGAAAAUGCACUGACAAAGGCAGAUCGAGAGGCCCGAAUUAUUAGAGACUCACAGACUGCAGAUCAGCAAGCCCUUAAUGAUAAGAUAGCGGAGCUGGUAGGAAAUAUGAAAGACAUUGAGAUGGAAUUAGACAAGACCAAAGAAGAAACCAAGUCUAAAGUAGCAGAGAAGGACAACCUAAUAAAGCAGGCCAAAGAGGAUAAGAAAACUAUUCAGGACCUCCAAGAAGAGUCUCGGAAACAGGUUGCGAGCCUUGGUACUCAACUUUCUGAAUAUGAAGGACACAUCUCUUCAUUGAGGGAACAGCUAACUGUAUAUACCCAAAGACAAAAAGAGUCAGAUGAACUCAUUUUCCAGCUCAAGGAAAUUAAUUCUAACAACGAGAAAAUUACAUUUGAUAAAGCAGAGACAUAUGAAAAAGAACUAAAAACGUUAAAGGAAGAAAAGAACAAACUCCUAUCUGAGGUGGAAAAAUACAAUCAUGACAUGGAGUUGUUGUCUAAAGAAUUAAAGGAACAAGCACAGAGCAAGGACAAUGUUCAAAAAGAGAAGGAGAAAAGCAUGGAAAUUAUAGCCUCACUGGAAAACCAACUGAAGGCAAAUGAGAAACAGGCAGCGGAUGAGAAACAGAGUUAUAGCGCUGAAUUGCAAAUUGCGGCGUCGGAAAAUCAAAAGCUGUCCAAAGAACUCAAUGACAAAAUUGAAAGUAUCUCCAAAAUGAAGGAUCUCUUAAACCAUAUGGAAUCUGAGAAGAAUCAGUUGCAAGGAAAGCUUGUAGAGAUCACUGAAAACCUUGAACUACAGAAUCUGAACGGAAAGCAACUAAGUGAAAAUGUUGCAUCUAGUCUUGAACUUAACAACAGUCUUAAGAGGGAAAUAGAAAAUUUAACACAAGAAAACAAAAGACUUGAAAUGGAAGUAACUGAAAGAGUAAAGACCAUUUCAGAAUUAAAAGCUGAACGAGAUUCUUUGCAUGCCAAACUAUCAAUAUUAGAAUCACAGCUUUCACAAAACAACAGGAUUAUUCAGGAACUUGAAAAAACUAAAGAAGAUUUAAUUUUACAGACUAAUAGUUUAAAGGCAACUCUUGAGCAAACCAUCAUCUCACACGAUGAGGUGGUUCUGGCAAAAACAAACGAGUGCAGUAAUCGCAACCAGCUACUCGGGGAGAAAGACAACUUGAUCACACAACUGCAAGGGCAGUUACAGGGCUACAUUUCUAAAAUAGAUGAACUGCACCUUGUUAUAAACGAAAAACAGAAGAUUAUCUGUGAUCUUAAGGCCGAACUAGAGAUUCAAAAUUGCGAGCAAGUUCAACUUAAAGAAACAUUGUCUCUUUUUCAAGAGCAGGACUGCAGUCUGAAGUCUGGGUUAUUGGAAAAGGAUACAGUUUUGAGGGAAAAGCAGCAAGAGUGUCAAAGUUUGCAGAAUGAAAUUAUUUUCCAUAAGAAUUCUGUGUCUACGCUUGAGGAAGAAGUCGAGACACUUAGUUCAAAACACUCCCAGCUUUCCAGAGCUCUCGAAGAAAGAGAAAUUGAGAUUAAUAAUAUGGCACAAAAGUGCCAAUUACACAAAGAUAACCUUGACGAUGUGAACGUGACUGUGAAAGCUCUAAAAAAUGAAAUAAAUGAAAUGGAAGAAAAGUCCAAAAAACUCAAAUCAGAAGCAGACUCUAAGGAAACUGAGUUGAGAACCCUUGAAAGAGAAUUGCACAGAAUGGCAGAAGAGAACCAACAACUACAAACUGUUUUAAAAUCGCAAGAAAAUGAGCUUGCCAAGAAAAUACAAACUGUUUCAGAGCUCGACAGAGAGCUCAAAGUCGCUCUUGAGCAGAACUCCAGUCUUAGCAUGAAGAUAACUUGUCUCACAGAUGACAAUGGACAGCUACAAAAAGAUUUGGCGCAGAACAUUUCAUUGGCCUCUGAAUUAAAAAUUGAGAUGAAUCUACUCAAAGUACAGAAAUCUGAAUUUGAAGAACAAUUGUCAAAUGAUAAAAAGAUCAUUAAUGAACUUUUAGAUGUCAAAAAUGAGCUUACUGAUUCAUUAAGCAAUGCAAAGACGGUCCUGCAUGAAAAGGAAAUGUCGAAUGAACAAAUUUUUCGUGAGAAAACAAAUGAAUAUAGCAUUCUUUCCAAAACACUGAAUGAAAGAGGUGAACACAUUCAGAAAUUGCAAGAGAAAAUAAAUGAUCUAAAUAAUCAAAUUAAAGAGCUAAACCACGCCUUGGCUGAGAAAGAAGAAAUCCUGUUGGAAAAGAAUUCCCUCAUUGAUGCUCAGCAGAUGGAACAACUGCAAUUGCAGGACACAAUAUCCAUGCUUCAAGAACAGGAAUGUGUCCUAAAGAAAGGACUACUCGAAAAGGAUGCAGUGGUUCAGCAGAGAUCGGUUGAAUGUAUCGGUCAUCAAAAAGAAAUCACCUUGCAGAAAGACCUUGUGUCGCAGAUGCAGUGUGAGGUUGAAUCAUCCCGGUGUGAAUACUUGACGACAAAGCAACAAUUAGAAGAAAAGGAACAUAUAUUAAAAGAUAUAACAAGUGUUUGCGAACACCAAAAAGAAGAGCUAAAAGAACGUAGCGAAUCCAUGAUUAAACUCGAGAGUCAGAUUCUAGCCAUGAAAGAAAGCUUAGUCGAGAUGGAAAUUAAAAUGACCAACUCGAAGGGUUCCAUACAAAUGCUUUCUUUGGAAAAUAGUCAGCUAAUCCAAGGGAAGGAGCAAAUGAAAGCUGCGGUAAUUGAUUUAAAAGAUGCAAUUCAAGCACUGAACAACGAGAAUUCAAGAUUAAAAUCUGAUCUUGAGAAAUCUUUUGCCGAGCUUUCUGGAGUGCAAGAAGAAGUAGCGCAUCUAAAAACGGCCGUUAAUGAUGGGAAACUGCAACUGAAAACUGCACAGUCAGAGACUGAGCAUCUUAAUGUAACCAUCCAAAGAAAAGAUGACUCCCUGAAACAACUUGGUACAAGGGUUUCUGAACAGGAGGAGCAGAUUAAGGAGAAAGAUCAUGAAAUGCUUAGUUUAAGGGUUCAAGUUACAGAGCUCGGAGAUUCCGUCUGCAAACUCAAAGAUCAAGUCCAAAGUCUUACUUCAGAGUCAUCCGCAUUAAAAAAUAUAUUGGAGAGAAAGGAGCAGUCUAGUCUUGAAAAUCAAAGGAACAUCUCAUUAGUAAAUGAAAAUUUGACCGUAAAUCUUCAAGACAAGGAAAGAGAGUGUGAGAUGUUAAAAGAACAGAUUUCACACCUGGAAGAAUACACUUAUAAGAUUAGCAAUACUCUUCAAAUACAGUCAGUAGAAUCAAUCAAUCUGAAAAAAGAACUUGAAGAAAGAGAAAAUAGUCAAAUGGAACAAUCACAAUCCCUUCAAGAUUUACAGAGAACAGCCGAUGAGUUGCUGCUCUUCAAAACUCGGUUCAUGGAAAGCAACGAGUUGGUGACAAAGCUGCAGAGCCAAAUGCAGAUGCUCUCUGCCGACGCGGCAAACCACAAAAAAUCAGCUGAAGAAAUACAAAGUGCCUUCAUUAACCUGCAAGAGAAAUAUGCAUCCAAUUUGGAAGAUUUGCAGGACAUGAGAAGACAACUCUCUCAAAGGACCGAUGAAGUGUUAACUCUUAAGUCCUCAACAGAUGAACAUGAGACAGCCAAGACCACCAUAGAAACUUUGAGAGGUGAUCUGUCUUCAAUCCGAGAUCAACUUGAGAAGACACAGACCUUAAAUUCUAAGCUAUCAAAAGAAAAGGAUGAAGCAUUUGCCUCUCAUCAAGCAAGUGUUUCUCUUUGGAAAAUUGAAAUCGAAAGACUAAAAGCUGAUCAUCUUCAAGCAGUGGCGCAAAUGAAUGCGUUGACGGAAAACCUCGAGCAGAGAGAAAUGGCUCUACAUGCGAUUAACAAUCAAUACACAGCCCAAGCCAAACAUACAUCUCACCUCAUUGCUGAAAUACAAAAACUGGAAUUGCAAAAUAAGAAGCUCAGUGAAGAAAUGCGUCUGUCAAAUAUAGAGCACCAAAGGUCUCUCACUGCUGCCAAUAAUGAAAAUGUGCGCUUAGCUGAGGAUAUUAGAAAAGGGCUUGCAGAGAAGGAAGAGUUGGAGAGGCGACAUCACCAAAUUUGGGAAGUCCAGAAGGAGCUCAAGGUUCAGUUGGAGCAGCAAUCCAGCAGCAUGAGCGAAAGCAUCCAGCAAAUGGCGUAUGACAAGGAGAGCCUUCAAAUAAAGGUUAGUGCCAAAGAUGAGGAAAUUUCUAGAUUAAAGGAGAAUAUUCAUAAGGUAGAGGAAAUUCUGCAGGAUACUGAAAAAGAGUGGCUUUUAGUUCUAGAUAAAGAAAAACAAGAUAAGAAGCUAAUUUUAGAACAAUUAAGUAAAGUUGAAGAUGAAAUUGCAUCUAAAGAUGUUAAGGUAAAUGCUUUGAAACAAGACCUGGAGAGUUUGCAAGCCAAACUGUCUGAAGCGUUCUCUGCUAUUGAAAGAGGUUCUAAUUUGUUGAGUGCUAAAGAGUUUGAGGCAUCCUCUUCUAGGUUACAACUAGAAAAGGUCCUUGCAUUAGUCAAGGAAAAGGAUAAUGAGAAAAAUAGUUUGCAACAAGCACUUAAGGCUGCGGAACAGGAGUUAAAACAACUCGUAGCAAAAAUUAGCGGUGCUGAUGCUAUAGUGUUGCCAGUCACUUCAAAUGAGGACAACUCACAUUUUCAUCGUAUGAUAAAACAAAUUGAAACGAGUCAUUGUUUCGAAGUAGAUGAUUUGAAAAAUAAGUACCAUGUUACAUUAUCAGAUAUUCAACAAAUGCAAAAGGCAAUUGAUAGCGAAAAGAUGAGUAAUUAUGAAAAAAGUCAGGAAAUCACAUUUUUACAGGACAGAAUUGAGACAUUACAAACUCAACUAAAGAGUGAGACAGAAAAAGGGACUUCUUUUACAUCUUUACAUAGUGAAAUUAAAACCAAAGAUGAGCUAAUCAGUUCCAUGACUAUUCAGAUAAGUCAACAAAAGGAAUUAGUUUUUGGGCUAAGUCAGCAGCUAAAAGAAAAGGAUGCAUCAAUUGCCCACGUCAUGGAGUCUGCCUUAAAUGAAAGAGUGAAACUCGGUGAUGAAAACACCAGUCUAUCAAAAAAAGUAACCAGUUUACAACACGAUUACCAUGCAUGCACCAAGAAGUAUGAGGAGAUUUCUCUGCAGCUAGAAGAAUGUAAUUCAUCUUCCCUAAGGGAGAAUGAAAUCAAGGCUUCAGAAAAGCUUGAGCUUGUCAAAGAAAACAAUGACCUAAAAUGUGAGAUAGCAAGGAUAAACAAUGAAAAAUGUCUAGUCAAGAAAAAACUGCAAGCUUCGCUACUUAUUCGAAAGGAUCUAUUGAAAAAAAUUGAAGAGUUUGAAAAAAUUAAUGAUAGUAGAUCAGACAACGAAAGCAUUUCGGGUUUACAAGAAAAAGUAAUCGAGGCAACGACACAAGCAAAUUUUUAUGAAGAAAAGUUUUCCCUCCUUGAAAAGGAAUGCCUUGAUAAAGUAAAGGAGAUCCAUGAUCGCAAAAUGCAAACUGAAAAACUUGCUGAACAAUUACAAUUGGCAAUAGGCGAAAAAGAAAUUUGCUUGCAGCAACUCGGUGAGAAAAGUGUCAUUAUCCAACAGCUCCAGACAAGUUUUGCUGAGCAAAAAGAUAUUUUUGAACAAGAUAAAAAGAGAAUGAUGGAAAACCUGGAAGAGCUUCAGCAUAAAAUCAAGGAAUCCGAAGGUCAAUUCGAAGACAGAUCUUUCAGCAAUGGUAACACUGAUGAGUUAGAGAAGGAGCUCGCACAAGUAAAGCAAGAAAAGGCAAUACUGCAGAAAAAGACAAAGACUGCAUUACUGGCACGAAAAGAGACUUUGAAGAAAGCUGAAGAAAAUGAAAAUCAUUUAACCAAAGAACUAAUUGAACUAAAAGGUGACUACAAAGCUCUCUUGGAGCAACACGGCCAGCAGACAAACGAGCUCAUUGCAUUCCAGUUAAACUAUAACGACCAACAAGAACAAAUGGUGACCUUAAGAAGGCUUGUUCAGGAGAAGGAUGACAUUUUGCAAGAGUUAAAGGUUUCUCUAGCAGAGAGUGAAAGGCGGUGCUAUUCUCCAUCAAAAUUGCGAACACAAUCGGAAAAUCUAGACGAGGCUUUUACUUUAAUGGAGGAAAAACCAAAAGAAAUAUUGGCCUCAGAUUUCCAAACUUCCUCUGUAGAAAAAGAUCAAACAGAAAUGAUUGAGAAAUACAGAGAAAAAUUUAAAAUGGUUGAGGUUAUGUUACAACAGGAAACACAAGAUAAUACUCUUUUGGAUCAAAUGUUAACCAUCCAGAAAGUAUUGGCAGAGACACAGCAAAGGCUUUGUGAGAAGGAAUACAGUCUGACCGAGAUGCUUAAUACAUCAGAGUUGGACUAUAUUGGAAACACCACAAACGUGGCUAUAAUUCGGCAAGACGAUGCAAAUGCCUUGAGAAUAAUUGAUGAACUGAGGACUGAGUUGGUUAAGCUUAAUACACAGCUAAACCAGUGUAAGCAUUUAAUGGAACUGAUAUUUCAGAAGAUACCUGAGAGGUCCAUCAAGCAAGAACAUGCAAAUGAAGAUGCGAUGAGCUUUGCUAAUAGUUCUGCUAUACAAAUUGAAGCAACUGUGAAACAUAAAAAUGAUGAGUCUGAGAUAAAUGAAAAAGAUGAGCUGAUUGCUGCACUUCAAUUACAAUUACAACAAGUUAGUGCAAACCAUGAAAGUUCCAUUAUAAGGAUGAAAAAAGAAAUUGACUGUCUUAAUAAAUCUCAAGAGAUUUGUGGCAAAGAUCAGGAUAACCAAAAUAAAAUAAUGCUUCUAACCAAGAAACUACAAGCAGCUUUAGUCUCAAGGAAAGAACUCAUGACGGAAAACGCAUCAUUAAAAGAGGAAUGUGGAACUCUUUCAGCAAAAAUCAGUGCUAAAGAAACUGAAUGUCUUGCUCUGGAGACCUCAUUUUCCGGACUAAAACAGCUAAAUUUGGACCUGGAAAUCAAUGUCAAACAGCUUUAUAUGGAUAAAUCCAAGCUUAGCUCUGAAGUUGAUCGUAUCCUUAAUGACAAUUGUAAUCUAUCAGAUGCAUGCGAAAGCUUGAAGCAAACUAUAGAAAAUAUCACCCAGCAGAAGCAAGCAUUUUCCUGCCAGCUUGAAUCUCUUAAAGACUCUCAGGCAGAGGAGCUGACUAAAUGGAAAUCAAGACACUCAGAACUUAAACAAGACUAUGAGACUCUUUUACAAGCAUAUGAGAACGUAAGCACCGAAAUGGACAAAAUGAGGCAUCAUUUGAAAGGAGCCAGAAGAGAUAGGCAGGAAGCCCUCAGAAAAAUUCACAGAUAUGAAACAGAGAUGGAAAGUCUGCAGGGCCAAGCAAGACAAAUGGAGGAUGAACAUGAAAGCCUUAAAGAGAAAAUGCAGACUUUUUCAGAGGACAAACUACGCACAAUUGUUGACCAGCAGCAAACAACUGAAAACAUUAACCAGGUUGAUAUCAAUGAAGCCCACAAGAUGGCAAUAUGUGAGCUUACAAACAAAAGUCAACACAUUGAGGCCAAAGAGUUGCAACAGAAGUCGUUAUCGGAGGCCUGCAAAGAUGAGACGACAAAUAUGCAGGUUGAAAAUGGAGAACUGACUGAAAAUCUUCAAGCGAGUCAUUCAUCAGAAGAAAUGUGCAUUGAAUCAAAAUCUUAUAUAAACAGCAUGCAGCUUAAAGAAGCACUAAAUUUGAAUAAUUCACUGACCGCCCAGAUUGAAGCACAGAAGAGCGAAUUUAGCGCUCAAAUUGAAAGCAACAAUAUUUUGAAGGAGGUAAAUGCAAAUCUUUCGGAAAGAAUUGACACGAUGCAGAGUGGUUAUGAAUUGCAGUUGCGAAUGAAAGACGAUGCCAUUAACGAGCUCAAAGACAUUCUGAAUAAGCACAGCCAAGAAGCGAUAAGUCUCAACGAGAAAGUUAAAAUUUUAGAAGAUGAUAAGUGUCUGCUGCAAGAAGAGCUGGAAAACGUCCAAGGGAUUUCAGACAAAGUGAAAAAUGAAAAUGAAUACUUGGAACGUGUAAUCCUUGAAAACUCCCAAACUAUUGAUGAGCUUUCAGAAUCGAUCAGUAAUUUGCAAGCCCAAAACAGACAGCUCUCUACUCGCCUUGAAACUACCAAGGAGAUAAAUAACACAAUAUCCCAAGAAAAAGAGGAUCAGCAACUUAAAUUAGUCCGAGACUUUGAGGCAAAGCUUAAGUAUAUGCAGCGAGGCAAGGAGGGCUCCAAGAAUAACUAUAAAGAACUCCAAGAGCUUCUAAAAGAAAAGCAGCAAGAAAUAAAUCAUUUGCAACAAAACUGCAUUAAAUACCAAGAGCGCAUUUUGAAUUUAGAGAGCUCAUUGAAAACUUCAGAGUUCAGUUGCGAAAACUUGAAAAAAGAUUUAAGUCAGUACUCUGACAAGAUCUCUGUUGCCGAAGAGAAAUACAAACAAGUCGAAGCCAAUUUGAUCACAUAUGAGACUCGCAUCCAAGAAGCUACUGAGAGAAUUGAGGAACUUGAGUCUGAAAGAGACCACUUGAAGCUAAGUGCCGCAAAUAUUAAGUCUGAGAAUGCGCUCAAAGAGGAAUCUAAAUUAAAGGAAGCUACAGUGGAGAAACAAUUCAACUCACUCGAAGACAACGAAGCUAUUUUGCUAAAAGAGAUUGACGAGCUAACGAAUUUGAAUUAUGACGAGAUUCAAAAAGUUACUGAACUAAAGCAACAAGUAAACUCCCAAAAUUUUGAGCUAAAUACGCUAAAGCAAGCGCUUGAGAUUAAUGAAGCUAAAUUGUCUGCUUUAUCAUCCACUCCUCAAGGGGAAAAUUCAGCAAAACUUUGGAAUGAUUUAUAUCAAAAGGCCUUGCAGGAGAAAGAUAAACAUCUAAUGGAACAAGGUUUUGCAAUAAAAAAAUUAAUGGACAAUAUGCUAAUGAAUGAAAAAGAGGUAACUGAACUCAGAACAACUAAGUCGAGACUGGAAAGGACACUAAACAGAAAUUCGAAUGCUUUUGCUGCUCAUCAGAAGCAACUCUUUGUUUUGAGUGCAAGCAACACAGAACUGUCCGAGACAGUAAAACGUCUGACUGUUCAGGUAAACAAACUCAGUGCUCAAGUCAAAAUAGUGGAAAAGGAUAAAAACACUCUUGAAAUACAGAUAGCUGACAAGGAAGAUAAGAUUUCCCAAUUGAAUCAUCGUCUCAACCUGGCAGAAAAGAUAAAUGCAGACCUAGAUGCUGAGUUUCUUCUUUUGCAAUCUCAGAAUGACAAGGUGCAGGCUGAAUUUGAAAACCAAAAGGGAAUUUCCCUUCAAUUGAAAACGCUUCUACAAAAUAAAGAUGCUGAGAUCUCCUCUCUUUUGUCCUGCAGUGGAGGCCAAAUGUCAGGAUAUCUUGAGCAACUUCAGAUUAAUUGUCAUUUCCAAGAAACCGUGUAUGAGGACAGGUUAAUAUCGUUACAAUACCAAAGGGAAAUGGCUGCUAAAGAGUCCCGAGAGCUUGAGGCCAAGGUCAGGAAUCUGCAAAAUAGUUUGAACAUGUCAGUCCAGGAAAAGGAGCAAGUAGCAGCAAGGAUGGAAAUCGCCAAGAACUCGAUGGUGUCUUUACAGAUUGAAAAAGAGCAACUAAUGUCAGAAUACAGAAUACUUAAGGAAAAAAGUAAUUUAGAGCUUAAACCUAAAGAGGCCUUACCUGAUAAUGAAGGUGAGGCAACCAGAGGUCCUACACAUGAUAUAAGUAAACUAUUACAUCAGAUGGAUGAUCUAAAUUCAGAGAACGCUAUGCUCAGGGCCCAACUUGUGCGUUACAGAGAGGAUUUGACUCAAGUUUUAUCCCUAAAAGACAAUCAGUCAAAGGUUUUGCUAAAAAAGCAGGAGGACGUUAUAAAAAAUCUUGAAAACCAGAAGACUACAGCCAUUAACCAACACAUAGAGGCUCUGUCAGAGCUCCAAAAGGAAUUUGAGAUUAACCGUUGUUUGAAAGAAGAUAUUUCCAAGCUUACAGAGCAGAUUGCGGUACUGCAAGUUGAAAUAGUGAGUCAGAAUGCUACAAAUGAGGGCAAAGUGAUUGCUGAUCUGCAACAAGCUGUGGCAGCUAAAUCAACUGAAUGUAGUGAUCUUCAGCAAGAACUUCUUUCACAGCAAACCCAAAUCGACGACUUAAAGAAACAAAUGGAGCUGAUUGAAACCGAAACUGAGAAAAAACUAGCUAGCGCCGAUGAUAAAUACAAAACUGAACUGGCUGCCUAUGAACACGAGGUGGAUCUAAUGAGAGCCGAUCGGCAAAGCAUUGAACAAAGGGUGACGGAGCUCACAAAAGAUCUACGUGACAGGGAGCAACAAUUGCUGGAGACCCAAGGGCAAGAUAAAGACAACAAAGCUCAAAAUGAGUCCCUCUGCAAAGCUAUGGUGGCCUUGCAGAAUGACCGUGAUCAGCUCAUUGAAGACUUCAAGAUCUUGCGAAACAGAGGUGAUGAAGAACUCAGAGUGACUCGGGCUUCUCUGAACAAAAUUGAGCGCAGUUUUCAGAAUGCCUCAUCAGAUGUGGCCAUGUUAACCAAAGAACGGGAGAUCCUUGUGUGUGAAUUAAGAGCUUUGGAGAGCAAAGAUACCCAUGUGGAGCUAAAAAAGUUGCUGGUUGAACUAGCAAAAGCCUUGACAGAAAAAGAAAAACAGCUGAAAAAUGCAGAGAUGGAAAACUGCACAUACAGCAAACAGCUGUCUGCUUUCUCAAAAUCCAUGGCCAGCCUCCAAAAUGAUCGUGACAGGCUGGCCGAUGAGUUGGAAGGGGUCACGAGAGUGGUUGAGUCCAGGCAAGGGUCAGGCCUAAACACUGUCAGGACCAUGAGUGAGAAAAAUACAAAAGGAAGUGCUUUCCAGAUUGAAAAACAUGGGGUGAUGAAUGAGUUGCAGCCUCGACUGAUACCCGAGAAAGAUGCCGGUAGUUUGCCAAAAGAAACGGCUAUUCAAAGAUCUGAAACAAACCUGCAACCAUUCAAGGAAACAGUACAUCUGUUGAGCCAGAGUGAAAUGGAGGGAGCAGUGAGUCGACUGGAAGCAGAGCGGAUGCAACUUAAUAGAGAGCUGCAGCGCUGUUUGUGUGACAUCCAGCAGCGAGACCAGUACUUUCAGCAACUUAAUUUAAAGCUUCAGCAGGCGAUUGAAGAAAAGGCCGCUGUGGCAACCCAGCUGAGUGCCGUGUCGCAAACCCUGAGGGACACACAAAAUCGAUGCCAUUGGCUGGAAAGCCAAAGCCAGGCCCAGGGGUCAGUAACUGCCGAGGUGCCUCCCGGAGCCCCUCAGGAGAGACACAGCACAAAUGUUGCACAAACAGUUGAAGUCCACCAGCUGCGAGAAAGGUUACUUGAAUUAGAGCAGAAUCUGGCAGAAGAACAGCAGAGGAGGGAAACGGCUGAAGCGGCAUUUCAUCUUGCUGAGGCAAGCACAAAGAGCAUCAGUUCAAGUCUGUCACAAGAUAUUCAGAGAGACUUCAGCAGCAUCGAGAUGGAAGCUGACGCUGAGUGGGAAGCUAUGAGCCUCAACCCGAACCAGCCUCUGAUAACACGGAAGGUGAAAGGUGGGAUGGUGGCAUGCAGACGUUGGUUCAGAGGAAGAAGCCUGUACUUUUCUCGGCUGCUCACGACCCGCUCACGCUCUCGUUACUUAUUCCUGGCCUACAUGGUUACAAUCCAUGUACUUUUCCUAAUGUGCCUUACAGGUGCCUUUUAA